AUGACAAUUUUAGAGAAUCUCCAAAAAAUUGGACAGCCACUUGAAAGUAUGACUUCAGCAGCAGUCUCUUCAUCGACUGGCUCGGAAUCUGUUGAAAGCUUAACCCAAACAGCUGGUGAAGAUUGGAGAGGUGGUGAUAACUGGAGAGGUGGAAGAGGUGGACAUUGGAGAGGUAGAGGCGGACACUGGAGAGGUGGUAGAGGUGGUGGUCACUGGAGAGGUGGAUAA